GCGGCCCGCCGUCGAGCUCUCGUUCUCACCCGCUCGCCCUCCCCGACCGCCAGCUCGCCGACGAUGAGCUACCCGCCAGCGCCGUCCUCGCACCAUCAGCACCACCCUGCGCCGCACGACUGGUCGCGCCACCCGGUCGCAUCGACCUCGUACGAGCCGCCGCACUCGCCGAGGCGGUUCGCCUACAGCCGCGACGCCGACCCUCGUCCCGCCCUCACCGAUCCGUACGGCCAGCAGCAGCACCAGGAGCACCAUCACCAGCCCGCGUCGGCCUCGACCUUGACGCCGCCUGCGAGCUUUGGCGGGUUCGGGUUCCGUCGAGCUCGUAGCUCCGGAGCGCUGCCGACCCUCCAGCCGCCCGCGCUCCACGAGCAGUCGCUGCACGCCUACGCCCCGUUCCCGCCGAGCCCGGUGUCGCCCAACUACCCGCUCGGCGACGCCUCGCGCGGGCAGCAGUACCAGCAGCGGCCGGCGGCGGCGGCGGCGGCGGCGUCGGGUUGGCGAGGGCCGCCGGCCGACUCGAGCUGUCGCGACAGCUGGACCGUCGGGCCAUCGACGUUCGCCCACGAGCCGGCCUACUCGUCGUCGUCGUCUUCGCAAGCUUGGGCGCAGCAGCAGCCGCAUACGCCUCCGCCGUCGGCUCGGUUCCGCCGCACCUCGUCGGCCCAGCCCUCGUUCGCGGCGCCCUCAACGACGCCCAGCUCGCCGUCGCGGCCCGGCAGCGCCUACUCGGCUCGAGCUUCGACGUCGCUCGGCGCGCACGAGGCGACGUCGGCCAUGGGCUUCUCGUCGGCCAUGGGCUUCUCGUCGGCCAAGUACCAGCACUCGUCACCCGAGGAGAUCAACCAGUUCCUGAACGACAUGAGCGAGAUCUUGGGCCCGGACGCGCUCGCCGCCCUGUCGCCGACAAGCUCUGCUCCGCCUCGGCCGUUCGAUCCUCGUCAGGCGCCGAGCGUCAAGGUCCAGCCUCCUCCGCCGGUCAAGAAGCAGGCGACGUACAACGUCGCGGGCGUCCUCCUCGACGAGGACGAGUACCGCGCGUUCGCCGAGUCGCCGACCUCGUCCCGCCAACCGUCGCCGACUCGGGCGCCCUCGUUCGACGACCGCCCUCAACAAGGCAAGCCGCAGUACGGCGGUGGCUCGACCUACCGCGAGUCGGCCUAUACCGCCCCGUUGUGCGAGGCGUGGAGCGGCGGCUACCUCGCGCCGUCGCAGGUCGACAUCCAGCGCCCGGCGUCCGCUCCGCCGACGCCCGUCCUCGACCUCGAGUCGUCGUCGUCGUGGACCCAGUUCGCGCCGUACGGGUCGACGUACCAGUCGCCUGUCCUGCGCAGCACGGCCGCCAUGAACCGCCGUCGCGGCUCGUCGUUCGACGCGUCGUCGAUCCCGCGCAUCUACUCGUCGGGCCUCGUCGGCCUCCAGCCGCUCAACGAGGACGCCUACUCGCGGUUCAACGCCGGCCUCGGCUUCGACGAGUCGGUGCAGGCGUUCGAGCCGCAGCAGCCGCAGCGCCGCACGCCGCCGGCGUCGACCUCCUUCCGGGCUCCGGCCGCCUACGUCCCGCCGCCGCCGCCGCAGCACCAGCAGCAGCACUCGUCGACGCCGUCGCCCGUCUCGCCCCAGCGUCCGCCUCAUCAGCAGCAGGUGCAACAGCAGCCUCGCGAGCAGGCGCAGCGGCCAGCUCAGCCUGAGCCGACGACGCCCGUGCGGCGGCCCAAGCCCAAGUCGUCGAUCUCGUUCCUGAACUUUUCGGCGGCCGACAGCAAGCAGCUCCUCGGUGGUGUCGCUCCGUCCGGGUCGUCGAAGAAGCGCGCGAGGGACGACGAGCCUUCGCCGACGCAGAAGAAGGAGAAGAGGGCGGCGUGAGGAGCGCGGGUCCUUCGUUUCGUGUCUAUAGAGCUUCCAGGUCCUUGUUGUGCCCGUGCCAUCUAUACAGUCGUCUCAUCUG